GCUCCGCAGUAGAACGAGUCGCUUUCUCGGGGCUCCGCGAAAAGAGAACGAAGCAGGAGCACUACCAAAACAAGUCAGCGGUUUUGGUUUUUUUUUUUUUGUUGUUUUUUUUUAAAUUCCAACCAGGAAGCUACGCGACAAAAAAACAAAGAAAAACGAGGCGAAAGGGAGCUGGAACGACGUCGCGAAGGUUUUGACUUUUAAAUUAGGAGGGGGGGAAAAAGUAAGAAAAAGACAAGGGAGGGGACUUUUUCGGAGAAACAACAUUAUCGUUAGACAUGAAAGAGACGUUUUCCCACCUUGACGUUUAAAACAGCGGCGACGAGGACGUUUUGCCAUCAUUCCUCUCAACUUCAACCAAGAAGAAGAAGCUGACAAACAAUAACAAGGAGACACCGUUGCCUUACUGACGCUGCCAUGGAGUCUGGAAAGCAAAUAACUUUCCCGUUGAUGCUGUGUGUUGGGACCGCCGUGAUUGGCUCCCUGCAGUUCGGAUACAACACGGGUGUCAUCAAUGCGCCUCAGAAGAUCAUCGAGAACUUUAUCAACGCUACGUGGGUUGCGCGUUACCAGGAGCCCAUUUCAGACAACACCCUCAAAGCCAUCUGGUCCAUCGCCGUGGCCAUCUUCUCCGUCGGCGGCAUCUUCGGCUCCUUUUCACUCGGUGUCUUUGUCAAUCGCUUUGGAAGGAGAAACGCCAUGUUCAUUGCCAACGUCCUGGCCCUGAUCUCAUCAGCCUUGAUGGGCUUCUCCAAGACGGCGUCCUCCUUCGAGAUGCUCAUCAUCGGACGCUUCGUGGUGGGCUACUACUCGGGGCUCUCCACCGGCUUAGUGCCCAUGUAUGUGGGCGAGGUGUCGCCCACGUCACUUCGCGGGGCUUUGGGGACCCUUCACCAGCUCGGUAUCGUCGUAGGCAUCCUCAUUGCACAGGUGUUCGGAUUGGAGGCCAUCAUGGGCAACGGCGAAUUCUGGCCACUCCUCCUGGGCUUCAUCUUCAUCCCGUCGGUGAUGCAGUGCAUCCUGCUGCCUUUCUGCCACGAGAGCCCGCGUUUCCUGCUCAUCAACAAAAACGAAGAAAACAAAGCCAAGACGAUCCUGAAGAAGCUGAGGGGCACCAACGACGUGAGCGGCGACAUGCAAGAGAUGAAGGAGGAGAGCCGGCAGAUGAUGCGGGAGAAGAAGGUGACCAUCCUGGAGCUGUUCCGCUCGCCGCUCUACCGCCAGCCUCUCCUCGUUGCCGUAGUGCUGCAGCUUUCCCAGCAGCUGUCGGGCAUCAACGCCGUCUUCUACUACUCCACAAGCAUCUUUGAGCAGGCCGGAGUGGCGCAGCCAGUCUACGCUACCAUCGGAGCCGGUGUCGUUAACACAGCUUUCACUGUGGUGUCGCUGUUUGUGGUGGAGCGCGCCGGCCGCAGGUCUCUCCACCUGCUGGGGCUGCUGGGAAUGGCCGGUUCUGCCCUCCUGAUGACCAUCGCCAUGGCUCUGCUGGACCGGGUCAAAUGGAUGUCCUACCUCAGCAUCGUGGCCAUCUUCGCCUUCGUGGCCUUCUUUGAGAUCGGACCGGGUCCCAUCCCCUGGUUCAUCGUGGCCGAGUUGUUCUCACAGGGGCCGAGGCCUUCGGCCAUGGCCGUGGCCGGUUUCUCCAACUGGACCGCCAACUUCAUUGUGGGGAUGGGCUUCCAGUAUUUAGCUACGGCGUGCGGCCCCUACGUCUUCGUCAUCUUCAUCGUGCUGCUGCUCUUCUUCUUCAUCUUCACCUACUUCAAGGUCCCCGAGACCAAGGGCCGGACUUUUGACGAGAUCGCGUCCGGCUUCCGCCAGAGCGCCGUCACGGGCGGCGAGAAGCACGAGGAGCUCAACAGCCUGGGGGCCGACUCACAGCUCUAAAGCGGCCCCCGCGCCCAAGCGAUGGGACAAAUAUUUGAUCACAGUGAGGAGGGGAGCGGCUAGAGGUGCGGGGGAGGAGGGGAUUAGGCUAAGGGUCCCGGCGUAGAAUCAUUUUCACACUGCCAGCACAUUUCGGUCGUCUUCACCGUGUGUGAUUCUCCUUAACGUCUUCUGCUGCCCACCCCGUACUGACACACACACACACACACACACCUCUCUCGACGGGCAGCGUGUGUCCCGGGAGAUGUGAAAGAGGCGCGUCGGAACGGUUUUGAUAUUUCAAAGAAGGAAAAAGACCGCCUUAUUUUUUUAUGGAUCUACUUCUUCACUGAGCAAACAUACUGUAAAAUGCACUGUAGCUCCUGCAAGGCUUCCUCCUCUAGAUGGCGCACUUUUCAAUUAAAUAACCCCCCCCCCCCCCACCCACCCAUACCACCGCAAUAGGUUACUGAGGAAAAAGUGAUGUCGUUCACGUCUUGUUACUUUACUAUAUCUUCGUGCUUCUUUCAAUGAUAUGUAUUUAUAUUACUUAUUGACUGUAGAUUGACAAUGUUUUACCCCUUUUUUUUUUUUU